CAACUCCCCUCCCUCUUCCCCCGCCCCCUUGUCUCUCACUCUCCCCCCCCUCCGCCGCGGUCAUGGAGCCCAACCCCCGCUCCCAAACUCCAGAAACCCCUGACCACGAAUCCCAAGACUCAGAAACCCAGCAACAGCCUUUGGAGAUCGCCAAACCCUUUCCAAUAGCCUCCAUUUCCCUCUCCCUCUCCUCCCUCCUCUCCCCCCAUCUCCUCCUCUCCACCAAAAAAGCCUCCCUUUCCCCCUUCUCCCACCUCAAAAUUCCCUCCCAGAUCUCCUCCCUCGUCCACCUCUCCCUCUCCAGUUCUUCCACGAAACCCUCCUCCAAAACCUCUACCCCCUCUCGCGUCGCCAACUCCCCCCUCCAAUCCCCUUCCCCCCUCCUCCGCCGCCGCCCCGCCGAUCCCUCUCACUCCGCCGCGGGCCGCCGCUGCACCGUCGUCUGGUUCCGCGCCGACCUCCGCGUCCACGACAACGAGGCCCUGACAGCCGCCACCAACGACUCCCUCUCCCUCCUCCCCGUCUACCUCUUCGACCCCCGGGACUACGGCAAGUCCUCCUCCGGAUUCGACAAGACCGGACCCUACCGCGCCACCUUCCUCCUCCAGUCCGUCGCCAAUCUCCGCCGCAGCCUCCGCGAACGGGGCUCCGACCUCGUCGUCCGGGUCGGCCGGGCGGAGACCGUGCUGGUGGAGCUCGCCCGUGCUGUCGGUGCCGACGCGGUGUACGCCCACCGGGAGGUGUCCCACGAUGAGGUGCGGGCGGAGGAGCGAGUGACGAAGGCCAUGGAGGAAGAAGGGAUGGAGGUGAAGUACUUCUGGGGGAGCACGCUGUACCACAUUGAUGAUUUGCCGUUCGAGGUCGAGCAGAUGCCAUCUAAUUACGGGGGGUUCAGGGAGAAAGUGCAGCGGGUGGCGGUGAGGAAGACAAUCGAGGCUCUGGACCAGAUUAAGGGGCUGCCGUCGAGGGGCGACGUUGAUCCUGGGGAGAUUCCGAGCUUGGUCGACCUGGGGCUCAACCCGGCACCAACCAUGUCUCUGGAUGGAAAACCUUCCAUGAAUGCUUCACUUGUGGGUGGCGAGACUGAAGCACUAGAGAGACUGAAAAAGUUUGCAGCUGAAUGCCGUGCCCAACCAAACAAAGGGGAAGGAACUCGAGAUAGCAUCUAUGGUGCUAAUUUCUCAUGCAAAAUCUCACCAUGGCUAGCGAUGGGAUGCCUUUCUCCACGUUUCAUGUACGAGGACCUGAAAAAGACUGCAACGAGUGCAAUAUCUGCCUCCUCAACUCCAAAGACUGGUGCUGCUGCAGCAGAUAAUGGAAUGAAUUGGUUAAUAUUUGAACUAUUAUGGAGGGAUUUUUUCAGGUUCAUCACUAAAAAAUACAGCUCCAUCAAGAAAAAGAUCGAAGCUGAGCCAGCCACAGCUUGCACCAGUGCCCUUGUUUGAGUCUUCUGGAACCUGGAGAUUACUGGAAAUCAGAAGUGAGAAUUUAAUUCAACAUGGCCUGUGAAGUGAAAUGGUGUUUCUGAAAGAAUGUAGUGUUUCUGUCAAUCCCAUCUCUCUCUCUCUAUAAGUUGUGGCUAGUUCUCAUGCUUCCCCGUACAUGAUUGAUCAAAUAUUGUUCCGAGGAUGGAGUGUUUAGGAGAAGAUGCAUUUCCAUUUCCAUCUCCUCUGCAUUCGAUAUCUUUUUUCCUGUUUCUUUUGCUUCAUCAGAUAAUUAUUUGGGUUUUUGAAGCAACCCACAAGCAAUAAUCAGACAAUGUGGUUGAUUGCUUCAAUGUGGACAACCUGUUGUUAAUUCGAAGAAGAGGCUUCCUUGUUCA